AUGGAGCAUUACGAGGUUCUAGAGCAAAUUGGAAAAGGGUCCUUUGGAUCAGCUCUUCUUGUGAGACAUAAGCAUGAGAAGAAACUGUAUGUUUUGAAGAAAAUCCGGCUUGCUCGGCAGACUGGUAGGACGAGAAGAUCUGCUCAUCAAGAGAUGGAGUUGAUUUCAAAAAUACAUAACCCAUUCAUUGUGGAAUAUAAAGAUUCUUGGGUCGAAAAGGGGUGCUAUGUGUGCAUUAUCAUAGGCUAUUGCAAAGGAGGAGACAUGGCAGAGGCUAUUAAGAAAACCAAUGGCGUACACUUCUCUGAAGAGAAACUCUGCAAAUGGCUUGUUCAGAUCUUAUUGGCUCUUGAAUACUUGCACGCCAAUCACAUUCUCCAUCGCGAUGUCAAGUGUUCUAACAUAUUCUUGACAAAGGAUCAAGAUAUACGUCUAGGCGAUUUCGGACUCGCCAAGAUCUUAACUUCAGAUGACCUUGCGUCUUCAGUGGUUGGAACGCCAAGCUACAUGUGCCCCGAGCUACUAGCUGAUAUACCCUAUGGAUCCAAGUCUGAUAUUUGGUCGCUUGGAUGUUGUAUGUAUGAGAUGACAGCUAUGAAACCUGCGUUCAAAGCUUUUGACAUGCAAGGACUAAUAAACAGGAUUAACAGAUCAAUCGUUCCUCCACUUCCUGCGCAAUAUUCUGCUGCCUUCCGGGGUCUGGUUAAAAGCAUGCUCAGGAAAAAUCCAGAACUCAGACCAAGCGCUGCUGAGCUUCUCAGACAUCCGUUGCUUCAGCCGUAUAUCCAGAAGAUUCAUCCGAAGGUGAACGAUCCAGGAAACGAUGCGCAAUGGCAAGAACCUGAAUCCACCAGGAGAAACAGCUUUCCUGAGCCGAGAAGGCGUCCUGCAGGCAAAAGCCGCAGCUUUGGUCCAAGCAGGUUUAGGGGCAACCAGGAAGAUUCUGCUUCUUCGAUAAGAAAACCUGUGCCCUCGUAUCUGACUCGUGAAAGGCAAGUGGAUUUGUCCACGGAUGGAAGCGGUGAUGGAACGGUUGUUCGUAGAACUUCAGAGGCUUCAAAGAGUUCUAGGUAUGUCCCAGCGAGAGCUUCAGCUUCACCUGUAAGAUCAAGACAGCCUAGGAGUGACCUUGGUCAACUUCCUGUUUCACCACAGCAGAAAAACCGAAAACCAGCGGCUUUGAUUCGUAGAGCCUCCAUGCCUAUCUCAAGAAAACCUGCAAAAGAAAUCAAAGACUCUCGGUACACCUCAAAAACCAGCAUUCUUCAUCAGAUAAAAUCUCCUGAUGUGUCCAUGAACGCACCAAGAAUCGACAAGAUUGAGUUUCCGCUAGCUUCGUAUGAGGAAGAGCCUUUUGUUCCGGUUGUGCGUGGGAAGAAGAAGAAAGCGUCGUCUAGAGGUUCCUACAGUCCACCUAGGGAGCCACUUGACUGCUCAAUCACAAAGGACAAGUUUACUCUUGAACCAGGCCAAUGCGUAGAAGGAGCGAUAAUGAAGGCGGUGUAUCAAUACGAAGAUGCAUACCCAGAAAACAGGAGUGAAUCAUCAGAUCAGAACGCGACUGCUGGAGCAUCAAGCAGGGCUUCGUCGGGUGCAAGGAGACAAAGGUUUGAUCCUAGUUCGUAUCAGCAACGGGCUGAGGCAUUGGAGGGAUUGCUUGAGUUCAGUGCAAGGUUGCUUCAAGAUGAGAGGUACGAUGAGCUAAACGUCUUACUGAGACCCUUUGGUCCAGGCAAAGUCUCACCCAGAGAAACGGCGAUAUGGUUGUCAAAGAGCUUCAAGGAAACUUCUACUACUAAGGUGGAAGAUUGA